AUGGGAGAACCCAUAGAUUCUAACCAUGACAUGACAACAAAACCAAACCCUCUUCGACCACCACCACCACCACCACCCUAUCCGCCGCUUAAAGCCCACCGUCAAUCAUCAAAAAAGAAAAACAGACCCAAAGUUUUCCGAGUCGUUCGUUCGGUUUUCCGAUCAUUCCCCGUGAAAACAAAAAGAUUCCCAUUCUACAGCAGUCAUUUCUCCGGAGGAUCUUCUAGUGACCACGUAACCGCCACCCUUUUUGGGUAUCGUAACGGCGGCGUGAGCCUUUGCAUUCAAGAGAAUCCGUACGCAUUUCCGGUGUUGAUUCUGGAGAUGGGUCUGGAAACCAGCAUGUUGGAGAAAGAGAUGAGUAUGGGAUUCGUACGGAUUGUGUUGGAAUGUGAAAAUAAGGAGACGAUGAGGCUGGUGGAGGAGCCGUCGUGGACGGUUUAUUGCAACGGGAAGAAGAGCGGUUAUGGGGUAAAGCGGGAGGCGACGGAGGAGGAUUUGGGUGUGAUGGAGAAACUCCAGCCGAUGUCGACGGGAACUGGAGCGUUGCCGGGAAAAUCUGACGUGGAAGGUGGAGAUUGUGAGAUGGCAUAUGUUAGGACCCAUUUUGACCGUGUGGUGGGGUCCAAGGAUUCAAAAACACUUUACAUGGUCAGCUCAGAUAGGAACAAUGGCCCUGAAUUGAGUAUUUUCUUUGUAAGGGUAUAA